GGCAGAUGAUAAGCUUACGGAUUCACAAUAACCGUUUAGUCGAAAAUAUGUGCAAACUGGAAUAAGUAAAAUGAACUCAAAUUGGUGUGUUGUUAUCUAUAGUUUACUUUUCGGUGAGUAAUACAUAUCGGUCUAAGCCUAUCAGAUCGAUACCAGUGAAGGACUUACAUUUCUAAUUGACAUGUGUGUUCUGUCUUUAUCACAAUCUGUUAGUAGCUCAAACUCCUCAGACUAUCCUGAGCUCAAUCCAGAAUGGAGCUAUUGCUUUGAAUUCACGUGGUUCGGACCAGACUAUAGUAACAUUAGUACAUACGAUGGAACAUGUGACGAUUACGUGGAUGAAAAACGGACGAAAGAUGUGCCUUGUCAAUCACCCAUAGUGAUAUCUUAUGAUGGAACUCCACCAGAUCUGGAGUAUUUGUGGAGUCACUAUAAAGAGAGUAUAUUAUGUAAGAAGAAUGAGAACCAAAUGUGCGCAAAGUAUACAUACUUUUUCAAUGGAAAACCGAACAAUGUAACGUACAUGUGCGCCAAGGUGCAAUCCAUGGAGGGCAAGCACAUAUCCGACGGAUGCUAUAAACAAACGCUUUCCGGAGGGUAUAAAACAGAAAUAUGCGUCUGCAACUCCACCGCAGGAUACGCAGAUCCGCCAUGUAAUGCCGGACUGAGCUGGUAUCUUAACGCCAACACGCUACAUUUGACACUUGCAGCUUCAUUGUUCCUGUAUCUCGUUAAAUACGAAUUGUAUAAUAUGUAACCAGAGAACAUAUUGGACUACUUUUGUAUCACCGUUGUUUUAAUAAUAAUAAUGAUAAUAAAUGUCUUUAUUGAUACACAUA